UUAACAGUCACUAGCACGGCCAUCUUGCUUGCGUUGCGAAAUGCCCACCCAACGCCGUCGGCAUGUGCAUUUGCAAUCAAAACGUGAAAUUUAAAUAAAACUUUAUUUAUUUAUUUAUUUUUUGGGGGCAGAAGUAGAGUGCAUAUUAAUCACACGCAGCGGCCGGCGGGCAAUGGAAGAACUCAAUAGUGGGAUUGCGAAGAGAGAAUAAGCCCUUUCCAGUUACCCAGUUAUGAGUUGCCGGGGCCGGAUUUACAAAUCAACUUGCUUGCUUAUACUUACUUCUAGUAAUAGUCAAUAAUCAAUAAUCAAUCUGGGUGGUGGUGGUGGUGGUGGUACUGGGCUUCUUGUGUGCGUCGUCAGACGGACGAUCAUCCCUCCCAUCAUUGUCCAUUCCUUCCUAAGAUCUAACCCUUCCGUCUUCGUCCGAUAUGGCUGCCAAUGUCAACCCCAAUCCCACUCCUGAGGCCAAUGCCGUUGCUAUCCCCGAGAUCGGACCCGAUGGCCUCCGUCGAGAAUCUCCUGUCAUUGCCUACACCGAACAGAAAAUCGAGGAAGAGCAGCUUCAAUUGCAAAAGUACAUUCAGGAAAACUAUUCCAAGAUUCGAGAUGUUGAACGAGAAUUGGCAAAUCUUUCCAUGGAGAUGAAACUUACAUCUGGCCCAAAAAAAGCAGCUCUUGAGCACAUGAGAAAGAAGAUAGAAAUCUCGAAUGAGAAAAUUCGUCUUGCUAGGCAAAAGGAGGAACUUGCAAGAAAGGCUUGGGAAGAAGCAUCAAAGGCAGUAAAAGAUGAGGAAGCAUUUAAGCAGAAGCUUUGCGAAGAUUUGAAUAACCUGGUACAAGAGAGUAGUAAUGCUCAAUUAGCUAGACUAGAGGAAUUGAAAAGGCGGCUGGAAGCUCUGAAUCCUAGCAGAUCAUCCGCAUCUGUCCCAAUUGAUGGUGUUCCAUUGGAACAUUCACCCAGCAAUAGAACUGAAGAUGCUGCCUUAGGUACAGCUAGUGUGCAAGUAGCUAAUGGAUCUUCUGGACAGAUAUCUAGUCAAGGUAAUGCAGGACAUGGUCCAAUAACAAAUGGAAACCAAGGGCUUCCUGCAUACAAUGAAGGUAGAGGGAAGAAAAAAACUGUGCUACAAGGGAGGGGAAAGGGAAUUGGAGCAGUACCCAAGGGUAGAGGUUCUGCAGCACCUGGGUGGACUGGGGCGGGUUUUGAUGUUGAUGGUAGAAGUUGAGACCAGGAUUUCAUGUAUCUUUUUUUAGUGAUCAGUAUAGAGAGACUAGCUGACUUUCAAUCAGGUACGGUAUUCAUACAAGAAUUGUUUAUAGUUUUAAAGAUGAUGCUUUUUCUGGUACUAUUUUGAUAUAGAAACUGUUGUCAGCGAGUUUUCCGGCUUGGCAAUAUCUGUGAACCAGCACAUUUGUCCCUUCAUGGACACCAAUUAUAUUUAUUGAAUGAGAUGCAUAUAAGGUUCAAUUUUGGGUGA